UGAGGUCCUCCACCUGGUGACAGCUGCUGGUAUCAAGGGGACAUAACUCACCAUGGAAUCUCAGGCUGAUAUGCAGAUUGCUGUGGUUUAUCACGGCCGACGUCUUCUGGCUGAUUCUACUAACACCACAGUUACUUUUAAUGGAACCACAACCACAGCUGACCCAAAAGUUUACUGUGAGAGUGUCUUGUACGAGUAUGACAUCCCAACAGCAGUCGUGUGCGCUCUGUGCUUUGUACUGGGCGUCAUUUAUACAUUCUUCGGUUACCGAAUCUUCAAGGCAAUGGCAUUCUUCACUGGCUUUAUUUUUGGCGCCAUGUUGGUUUUCCUUGUGUGCCAGGAUGUGGAAGGGAUCACACUGCCCCCUGCUGGCAUGAUUGGCAUAGCUUUGGGGGCGGGGCUUGUCUGUGGAAUUAUUACCUUGCUCGUGAAGUAUAUCAGCCUCUUUAUGACAGGGCUCCAUUUCGGGCUUGGAUUGGCAGUGUAUGUUAUCGUGUUUCUGGAAUUCGUGGUUUACCACAGCAGACAUCUUGCCAUUCCUCUGACAAUCCUGGGCGUAGUGGGGCUUGUAUGUGCUCUCCUCGCCCUCAAGUAUCAGAAGUGUCUCGCCCUCUUGGGGACCAGUAUGCUGGGCAGCGCCCUCAUGGUGGGUGCUCUGGACUACUACAUAGAGAAGUUUGUGACGGUGCGCGUGUUGUGGACACUGGUGCGGGCGCAUGAUCUGGACGGAGAGAUGUGCUGGUACAGCUGGGCUAUAUUUGCCUGCUGGCCAUUCUGUCUGAUCAUCGGUGCUUUUAUUCAGUGGAGAGUAACAGGACAUAACUUAGACCACUCCAGCGUUGUCCACGGCAGCAGGAUACGUAAAGUUGACCUGAUCAAGUUGCGCGCGGCCCUCUAUCAUGAUACUCAGGGCUUACGGUACAGGGACCUCUACCAGGCCCGCAGAAUCAAGGGAGACCAGAUUCUACAGAGAUAUGUGCUGAACAUCACAGACAAUUCCAAUACUCUGUCCAGUUCCCAGAAGAGUGAAGGUGCGAUUCCAGAUAGCGCCAAUACCACCAUGACCCAGCUGCCAUGAGAGUGACCAGAUCUGAGUUGUUAUCUGUGUCAUGAACAAUCUCCAUACAACUGGGACAUUUCCAGCCAGAUGCCAGAGAUUUGGCAUUCAACAGUUUGUGACAUCGAGACACAGCAGACUUUGUCAGCAGCAAACGAUUUUUUAUUUACAAGAUUGUUAUCUGGACAUACAUGUUUCAGAUUCAUCGGAGUGUUUCAAGGUUUAGGAUGUUGUGUAUCAAAGAGAAACUGCUCGCGUGAUUUUGGUUCUGGAUUUGCUCAGGUGUUGACCAAACAGGUGUAAAUUCUGACUCUACAUCUGGUGAUAUUUGCAGUGCUCCAUGGAAACUCAUUCACCUUGAUGAAGAGGAAGGUUGUGCAUAAAAUAAGGUGAAGAAAACCUUGGGAAUACAUGUGCCCUCUCUCAUGGGAAAAUUCUUACGGCUCAUUACAGCAUAUUAAGCAACAUAUAUCACCAGUGAUUGAGUAUUGUCAGGGUAUGACUUGUUACCACAUAAGGUAUUACUCAUGAAUAAUAAGUAUUGUAUUGUAAGGUAUUAUGUAUGUGAAUUUAAGUGAGCCUGGAAAUGCACAGGUAACCUGCAAUGAGCAGAGAUUCUUCCAGGGACGGAAGAAAAUGAACAGAUGGGAGUGAUGAAAGCGAUGGACUUUUUUGAGAGUUAUUGUGAUUACAGGCAAAAAUAACUCACAGAACACUUUUAUAAGUGAUGAAGACUUUUUU